AUGGCGGCAGAUUCCACGCGACCCGUGAGGAUCGCAGGUGCCUCUGGAUCGGUAUCGGAUCGACGCCAUGCAGUCUCCAUGUUCGCAGCGAAUUGUGGCGAUGAUAGAGUGGACUGUAUUAUAGGUGACUGGAUGUCAGAGGCCAACAUGACCGCGAGGGGAGUAAUGAAGUUCGAGGCCAGUCUGAACAUCUCAACACCGAAGUCCGGCGACACGUUCGCCUUUGGGGAUGCUGGAGCAGCGUACGAACCGACAUUCAUCGAAGCUGUCGAACCAGCUCUUCCAGAUGUCGCGAAGCAUGGCAUUAAGGUUGCCGUCAACGCUGGAGCCUCUGAUACCGAGAAAUUGGCCAAAGUCAUGACUGAUCUCAUCAAGUCGAAAGGCUUGAGUCUCAAAGUGGCCUGGGUCAGCGGCGACGAGGUAUUUCCAGCCGUACUAAAGGCUCGCGCAGAGAAUAGGAGCAAGUUCGAAAAUAUCUCCACCGGGGCGGUCCUCGACGACUGGGAGUUUGAACCGAUUUACGCUCAGGCUUACCUCGGUGGCUUGGGUAUUGCCGCAGCAUUCGCCAAGGGUGCUGACAUUGUCGUAUGUGGACGAGUGUCCGAUGCAAGCCCUGUAAUCGGUGCUGCGGCAUGGUGGCAUGGAUGGGACAGAGACAAAUUGAACGAGCUUGCGAAUGCCUUUGUUGCAGGGCAUUUGAUCGAGUGUAGCAACUACGUCUGUGGUGGCAAUUUCACUGGCUUCAAAUCUCUGGAGUCGAAAGGCUGGCACGAUAUCGGAUACCCUAUUGCGGAGAUCUCACGAUUAGGCCAAGUCGUUAUCACCAAGAACAAAGGAGGCGGCGGGGAAGUCAGUACACAAACUUGUUCGUCUCAGCUGUUGUACGAGAUUCAAGGCCCAUGGUACUUCAACUCAGAUGUCACAGCUGUGCUCGACGGACUAUGGUUUGAGCAAUUGGGCACAGGCAGAGUGGCAUUGAGAGGCGUCAAGGGUGAACUACCGCCGCCAACCACCAAAGUGGGCCUGACAGCAAAAGGAGGUUAUCAGGCAGAGGUUCAUUGGUUUCUCACAGGCCUAGACACUGCGGACAAAGCACGAAUGCUCGAAACUCAGAUCCGAUAUGCGUUGCGAGGCUGGUCAAACAAAUUUACGAAAUUCGAGUUCACGCUUAAUGGCACGGCUGCCGAGAAUGCCAGCAAUCAGAACGCCGCAACAGUAGAUUUUCGAGUAUUUGUUCAGGCUCGGGAAGAGAAGGACAUCGCCCCUAACAAGUUCCUCCGUCCCAAUAUCGACAUCAUUAUGCAGGGGUACCCAGGAGCCACGAUUCAUUUGGACGUACGACAAGGCUUUCCUAAGCCCAUAUACGAGUACUACGUUACGCUGCUUCCACAAGCUGAUGUCCAGCACAAAGUGCAUUUGUGGAAUGGACAGGAAGUUGAGAUUCCUCCGCCACCAGAAACAAGGACGUACCCGGCGCAGCAGCCCAGUGAGCCCCAGGCUAUAGGGGUUACAUCGACAGAUUUUGGACAGACAGUGCAGGGUCCGCUUGGAUGGAUUGUGCAUGCGAGAUCGGGGGAUAAGGGGUCGAAUGCGAACGUGGGCUUCUGGGUGCGGCAUAGAGAUGAGUGGGAGUGGCUUAGAACUCUGCUUUCCGUGAAGAUUAUUCAGCAAUUAUUGGCGGAUGAAUACAACGGGAAAAAGAUCGAUCGAUUCGAGCUGCCCAACAUGUAUGCCGUGCACUUCCUACUGCAUGACCAUUUGGACAGAGGCGUGAGCUGUUCUAGUUCUUACGAUUUUCUUGGGAAGAAUGUGGCGGAAUACCUACGAUCGAAGCAUGUAGAUUUGCCCGUGAAAUUCUUGAAUAGGGGCAAGCUGUAG